GCUCUCUAUACGUCCCCUGCUAACGGGGCCGAAGCUAGAAAUCCUCCACUCUCUUCUUACUAGCUAGGUUUCCACUGCGCCAGCAAUUUCCCCCAAAUCGGAGCCCCCUUCCCACAUUUUGGUGCUCCGCCGGAGGAAUGGGAGACACUGAGGCAGCGAUGGCGGCGGUGGUUGGCGUCGACGACCUGCUCCGAGAGAUCUUGCUCCGCCUCGAUUUCCCGGCCUUUCUAGUACGCGCAGCGCUCAUCUCCAAGCGGUGGCUCGGCCUCGCCGCCGACCCCGCAUUCCUCCGCCGAUUCCGCGAGCGCCACCCGCCCCGCCUCCUCGGCUUCUAUUUCCACGAUGCCUGCUCCCCGCGCCCGCAGUUCGUGCCCGUCUCGGAAGCCCCGGAGCUCCACACCGCCGUCAGCCGCGCCGGCUUUGACGACUGCGAUCCCUCUGUAGGACCCUUCGGUUGCCGCAACGGCCGCCUCCUCCUCAAGCCCGACCAGUUUGCCCACGGCAAAUACGUCGUCCGCAGCCCGCUGUGCCCAAUGCGAGGCUUGGUCCCCGUCUCGCCGCCCCCGCUACCUGAAUACCUAAGGGGCUACGGUUAUAGUGAAUGCUUCCUGUCCAGGGACAGCAGCGACGGCAUUGUCUUCGUGUACCUGGUGCUCAUCGAUCGAAAGCUAUCCCUGCAAGUGUCUGUCCUGCAAUCUGGUUCUUGGGGUGAAUGCAUCUUGGCAGAAGGACAACAACUCCCUUUGCGAUUUCACAAUGUUUGGAUGGAGAUGGUUGCCCAUGGCAAGCUCUACAUGCGUACUGACAGUGCCUACAUUUAUAUGUUGGACUUUGUUGCUCCAUGUCCACGAUUCGUCACUAUAAAGCUCCCGAACGAAGUCCGUGGAAACUACAAACUCUCGUCCGCUGAUGAUGGUGGGUUCUUUCUCAUCCAUGGAGAGGGGUUUCAGCUUAGCCUUUGGCACCAUGAGACUGAUGACAAUGGUCAAGACAAUUGGGAACUUGUGGACAGAUUUUGUGUGCGUGUGGCACAUGAUCGUUGUGAGGAAAUUUUGGUGCUUGGGGUCGGGGACAAUGCUGAAUUUGUGUUCUUGGGGCUGCAGGAAAGUAGGUCUAUCAUUUGUGUGAAUCCGAGGGGCAGGAAGGAGACAGUAUAUAAGGUGAAAGUGGGCUUAUUUUGGUAUGUAAGUGUCUUUCCCUUUAUGACUGUCUGGCCUCCCAUCUUUCCAGCUCUGAAGGAAGAAGAUGACCAUGACGAAUGAUCUCACAUUAUCUGGUCCAUUUGGUUGCAGGAAGUGGCUCGAACAGCCUCUCAGGUGUUCAGAGGACAAGCAAAACGGCAACGAGUAAUUUGUAUGGCUUUCUUUAGAGUUACGGUAGGGGAAGAAGAGUGAUGUGUGCACCACUUUUCCAGAAGUAACGGUUUCAUGCUAAUAUUUUCGGAAGCUUGUCAGAAACCUGGAGUAAAGCCCAUUUGUGCUGGAAUUAGCUGGAAUAGCCUCUUUCUUAUUCGGGGCACAAGCAGAACGGUGGCGAGGAAUUUGUAUUGCUUUAUGAAGAAGAAUGAUGGAUGCACCACUUGUCUAGAAGCAACAGUUUCAUGCUAAUGCUUUCUGAAGUUCAUUAGAAACCUGGAGUAAAGUCCAUUCAUGGUAUGUUUUCUAGUGUUUGUAGUCCAAGAGCUAUGUGCCAGGCCAUCCUCCGCACUUUGUUUUCUAUGUUUUCGGUGUGUAAUAAAUGGAUCUAUACGGCUGUGUGCAUCCUAGUUAUGCAGAGGCCGGGUGUAAUAUUAUUUGAGUAAUAAAGCGCCCAUUAUCGAAAAAAA